AUGUUGCAAUAUGCGAUACCUCCAGCCUUCAAAGACAAAUUGGAGGUGAUCAAUGCUCACGACCAGCGAUCGGACGACGAGAUCUUUGAAUCUCUACGCUGCCACGUACCUGUUGUAGGCGAGAAGAACGUAUGGGCCUACUGGGAUGGCGGAAUUGAUCAACUGCCAUCGUGGUGUAGGCGCAACGUGAUUGAUUGGGUUCGCAUCUGCGGUCCAGACUGGACUGUUCGCGUUCUUGACAACGUGCCAGGGUCGCCAAAUCAUGCUUUGGCGUUCGCACCAAAGGAGAUGCUUCCCAGAUGCUUUAUCGAGGGCACCAUGACUGGAAAGCAUGUCGGGCAGCAUUCAUCUGAUAUGAUCACUGGGGCAUUGUUGUACACCUACGGCGGUGUGAAAAUGGAUGUUGGAUGCAUUCUUUUCCGUGACUUGGAUCGUGGUUUGUGGUCUGUCUUAGAGGAUCCUGAGUUACCAUACGAGAUCGCCGCGCCAAUUCAAUUUGCGCAGUAUUUGGCGAAUCACUUUCUUGCGUCGAGAAAGGGCAACCCGUUUGUCAAAAGAUGGCACGACCUUUUUGUUCAUCUUUGGGAAGACCGUGAGACUAGUGAGGGUAUAAACACUCAUCCACUGUUAAGCCACGUGAAAGAAUCCUUUUCCCUCUCUGAAUCCAAGAGCAAGGGCUUCAAGUGGGACUUCAAGGUCUCUUUUGAGGAGCUCCUGGAUUACGUCGCCCAGAAUGCGUGCUGGGCACGAGUGUGCAUGGUCGAGGGGGGCGAUGACGAUUCUUUCAACGCAUCUGAGUACUGGAUGUCGCACGUCCUCGCCAUCGACGUGCUACAGGAGCACUGGGCUGCGAAGACUCUCAUCGGUGGGGAGAACUUCGGGGAGCAUCUCUAUGAGUUGUUAGCGCUCGGUCUUGACACUGACCCAGAGUCAGAGUGUCACAAAGAGGCCUCCAAGUUGGUGUGGACACUGCUUUCUGAGACAAGCAUGCAAAAGAUAUCCCGAGGCUCAGGCCUCGUGAACUCUCUACAACCUGGAAGUGUAUGGGAUGAUAGACCAGGCGCAGAUUGCCAACCAGGCACAUUUGGAGGCUUGUUGCGAUAUGGUGCGAUAAAUUUCACUCAGAAACGACAGAAAAUUGCGGUGAGAACCCCAGAGAAAGCAAAGACGAUCUUGCGAAAAGGGCUUCUUGAGUCUUGA